AGUGAGCUUGAAAGCAUGCUCUGUCUGUCUAAGCCUGAUCUGGAAAUAGUGUAUUCCUACUUGCAUGGUAUGGAAGCCUUAUCGAACCUGCGGGAGCAUCAGCUGAGAUUGAUGUGUGAAACUGUGAGAUACGAAAGACACGAAGCAAAUGAAGUUUUAUACUACCCUGAUGAUAUUGGGACCUGCUGGUAUAUCCUGCUCUCUGGUUCCGUGUUCAUUAAGGAGUCCAUGUUUCUUCCACGCAGCAGUUUCGGCAAGCGUUCUGCAGGAAGCUUUAGGCGUGGCUGUGAAUGCAUUGUUCUCGAACCUUCUGAAAUGAUUGUGGUAGACUAUAUGGAUGAAAAUGAAGAAUAUUUCCAGCGUCAAGCUUCUCAUCGACAGUCUCGAAGGAGAUUCAGAAAAAUCAACCAGAAAGGCGAAAGACAAACAAUUAUCGACACCGUGGACCCUUACCCUGUGGGGAAACCACCUUUGCCGAGAGGCUAUCACACGGAAUGCACUAAAUCCCAGCUCCCUGCAGACUUCACAAAGCUGCACCUCACUGAUAGUCUUCACCCGCAGGUGACCCACGUCUCUUCCAGCCACUCAGGAUGUAGUAUCACCAGUGACUCCGGAAGCAGCAGCCUUUCUGACAUCUACCAGGCCACGGAAAGUGAGGCUGGUGAUAUGGACCUGAGUGGGUUGCCAGAGACCGCCGUGGACUCUGAGGACGAUGACGAUGAAGAGGACAUCGAGAGGGCCUCAGACCCACUGAUGAGCAGGGACAUUGUGAGGGACUGCCUGGAGAAGGACCCCAUUGACAGGACGGAUGACGACAUUGAACAACUCUUGGAAUUCAUGCACCAGCUGCCCGCUUUUGCCAACAUGACCAUGUCGGUGAGACGGGAGCUGUGUGCGGUGAUGGUGUUCGCGGUGGUGGAGAGAGCGGGGACCAUCGUGCUCAAUGACGGCGAAGAGCUGGACUCCUGGUCAGUGAUUCUGAACGGUUCUGUGGAAGUGACUUAUCCUGACGGAAAAGCGGAAAUACUGUGUAUGGGGAAUAGUUUUGGUGUCUCUCCCACCAUGGACAAAGAAUACAUGAAAGGAGUGAUGAGGACCAAGGUGGAUGACUGCCAGUUUGUCUGCAUAGCCCAGCAAGAUUACUGCCGCAUUCUCAACCAGGUAGAAAAGAAUAUGCAGAAAGUUGAAGAGGAAGGAGAAAUUGUCAUGGUCAAAGAACACCGGGAGCUUGAUCGCACUGGGACGAGGAAGGGACACAUCGUCAUCAAGGGCACCUCAGAAAGACUGACGAUGCACUUGGUGGAAGAGCAUUCGGUGGUGGACCCGACGUUCAUAGAAGACUUCCUCCUGACCUACAGGACUUUCCUCUCCAGCCCAAUGGAAGUGGGCAAAAAGUUACUGGAGUGGUUUAACGACCCGAGCCUCAGGGACAAGGUUACACGGGUAGUAUUAUUGUGGGUGAAUAAUCACUUCAAUGACUUUGAAGGGGAUCCUGCGAUGACUCGAUUUCUAGAAGAAUUUGAAAAUAAUCUGGAAAGAGAGAAAAUGGGCGGCCAUCUAAGGCUGUUAAACAUCGCAUGUGCCGCCAAAGCCAAAAGAAGGCUGAUGACGCUGACCAAGCCAUCCCGAGAAGCCCCGCUGCCGUUCAUCCUGCUGGGAGGCUCCGAGAAAGGCUUUGGAAUCUUUGUUGACAGUGUGGAUUCGGGCAGCAAGGCAACCGAAGCGGGCUUGAAACGAGGGGACCAGAUACUAGAAGUAAAUGGUCAAAACUUUGAAAAUAUUCAGCUGUCAAAAGCCAUGGAAAUUCUUAGAAAUAACACACACUUAUCUAUCACUGUGAAAACCAAUUUAUUUGUAUUUAAAGAACUUCUCACAAGAUUGUCAGAAGAGAAGAGGAACGGCGCCCCUCACCUCCCUAAAAUUGGAGACAUCAAAAAGGCCAGCCGCUACUCCAUCCCCGACCUCGCCGUGGACGUGGAGCAGGUGAUAGGACUGGAGAAAGUGAAUAAAAAAAGUAAAGCCAACACCGUUGGGGGAAGGAACAAGCUAAAAAAGAUACUUGACAAGACCCGGAUUAGCAUCCUGCCCCAGAAACCAUAUAAUGAUAUUGGGAUCGGUCAGUCUCAGGAUGACAGCAUAGUGGGACUGAGGCAGACGAAGCACAUCCCGGCCGCUCUGCCCGUCAGCGGGACCCUGUCGUCCAGUAACCCUGACCUGCUGCAGUCCCACCACCGCAUCCUGGACUUCAGCACCACUCCAGACCUGCCAGAUCAAGUGCUGAGGGUGUUCAAGGCCGACCAGCAAAGCCGGUACCUCAUGAUCAGCAAGGACACCACGGCGAAGGAGGUGGUGGUGCAGGCCAUCCGGGAGUUCGCAGUGACCGCCACCCCGGACCAGUACUCGCUCUGUGAGGUCUCCGUCACCCCCGAGGGGGUCAUCAAGCAGCGCAGACUCCCAGACCAGCUCUCCAAACUUGCCGACAGAAUACAGCUGAGUGGAAGGUACUACUUGAAAAACAACAUGGAGACAGAAACGCUGUGUUCGGAUGAAGACGCCCAGGAGCUGCUGAGGGAGAGUCAGAUCUCGCUGCUGCAGCUCAGUACCGUGGAAGUGGCCACGCAGCUCUCCAUGCGGAAUUUUGAGCUCUUCCGCAACAUCGAGCCUACUGAGUACAUUGACGAUUUAUUUAAGCUCAGGUCCAAAACCAGCUGUGCCAACCUGAAGAAAUUUGAAGAAGUCAUUAACCAGGAAACGUUCUGGGUGGCAUCUGAAAUUCUGCGAGAGACGAACCAGCUGAAAAGGAUGAAAAUCAUUAAGCAUUUCAUCAAGAUAGCGCUGCACUGCAGGGAGUGCAAGAAUUUCAACUCGAUGUUUGCCAUCAUCAGCGGCCUAAACCUGGCACCAGUGGCAAGACUACGAACUACAUGGGAAAAACUUCCCAACAAGUACGAAAAGCUGUUCCAGGAUCUCCAAGACCUGUUUGAUCCUUCCAGAAACAUGGCGAAAUACCGCAAUGUCCUCAACAGCCAAAACCUCCAACCUCCCAUCAUCCCCCUGUUCCCAGUGAUCAAGAAGGAUCUGACCUUCCUUCACGAAGGAAACGACUCGAAGGUUGAGGGGCUGGUCAAUUUCGAGAAGCUCAGAAUGAUUGCGAAAGAGAUCCGUCAUGUGGGCCGCAUGGCCUCGGUUAACAUGGAUCCCGCCCUCAUGUUCAGGACCCGGAAGAAGAAGUGGAGGAGUCUGGGGUCCCUGAGCCAGGGCAGCACAAGUGCGGCGGUGCUGGACGUGGCUCCGACCGGCGGCCACAAAAAGCGGGUGCGCCGCAGCUCCUUCCUCAACGCCAAGAAGCUGUACGAGGACGCCCAGAUGGCUCGGAAAGUGAAGCAGUACCUGUCCGAUCUGGAGCUGGACAUGGACGAGGAGAGUCUUCAGACACUGUCCCUGCAGUGCGAGCCGGCCACCAGCACGUUGCCUAAGAAUCCUGGUGACAAAAAGCCCGUCAAAUCUGAGACCUCCCCAGUGGCUCCGAGGGCUGGGUCGCAGCAGAAGGCGCAGCCCCAGCCCCAGCCCCCGCCACCGCAGCCGCCGCAGAAGAUCAGCCAAGGCCUGCAGGUCCCCGCCGUGUCCCUUUACCCUUCUCGAAAGAAAGUUCCCGUGAAGGAUCUCCCACCUUUCGGCAUCAACUCUCCACAAGCUUUAAAGAAAAUCCUUUCUUUGUCUGAAGAAGGGAGUCUGGAACGCCACAGGAAACCAGCAGAAGACACAAUCUCAAACGCGUCUUCCCAGCUGUCCUCUCCCCCCACUUCUCCACAGAGUUCUCCGAGGAAAGGCUACACCCUGGCUCCCAGCGGCACUGUGGACAACUUCUCGGAUUCCGGGCACAGCGAAAUCUCAUCGCGAUCCAGCAUUGUCAGCAACUCCUCCUUUGACUCGGUGCCCGCCUCACUGCAGGAGGAGAGGCGGCAGAGGCACUCGGUCAGCAUUGUGGAGAGCGGCCUGGGCGUGGGCCGGGCGGAGCGGCGGCCAGUGGUGGAACCGGACCAGUUCAGCCUGGGGUCCUAUGCCCCGCUGUCAGAGGGCCGGAGCUUGUAUGCCGCGGCCACAGUGAUCUCUUCUCCCAGCACCGAGGAGCUCUCCCAGGACCAGGGGGACCGGGCGUCACUGGAUGCAGCCGACAGCGGCCGAGGGAGCUGGACGUCGUGCUCAAGUGGCUCCCACGACAACAUCCAGACCAUCCAGCACCAGAGGAGCUGGGAGACACUCCCGUUUGGACACCCUCACUUUGACUAUUCCGGGGAUGCUGCAGGUCUCUGGGGCACGAGCAGCCAUAUGGACCAAAUCAUGUUUUCUGAUCACAGCACAAAGUACAGCAGGCAGAAUCAAAGCAGAGAGAGUCUAGACCAAGCCCAGUCCCGGGCAAGCUGGGCGUCUUCCACGGGGUACUGGGGAGAAGACUCGGAAGGGGACACAGGCACAAUAAAGCGAAGGGGUGGGAAGGACGUCUCCAUGGACGCCGACAGCAGCAGCAGCAUGCCAGCCGUGACCACGGAGGACACCAAGCCCGCCGCCGGGGUGGCCCACGUAGCCGUGACGCCUGGCGCUGCCAAAGGGCUCAUUGCGCGGAAGGAGGGCCGGUACCGGGAGCCCCCGCCCACCCCACCCGGCUACGUGGGCAUCCCCAUCACCGACUUCCCCGAGGCGCCGCCGCACCCGGCCCGGAAG